AUGGCUUCUCCCAUCGUCAUCGUACUGUCAGUGGCUUGGAUCAGCAUGUCAACCAUGUAUGAGGGCUUGAAUAUCAAUGGCAGGACGUACGGCGGCGGCGGUGUCUUCUGGCUUCAAGGUCCCUGUUUGUGGGAUGGCAUCUGGAAUAUCAAAUGGCUCGGAUGGACGAAGUUCCUCGGCUGCAGGACUACUGCCGCCGCGCUUCUGCAGAAAGAUGACCUCUGUGGCUGA